AUGCAACACCGCCACUCCCUCACCACCGCCCUCCUGCUCGGCGCCGCCGGCAUCGCCUCGGCCGCCCCAGUCGAGCAGGAGCACAAGCGCGCCGUCGACUGCGCCCCCAUCCACGUCUUCGGCGCGCGCGAGACCACCGUCUCCGCCGGCUUCGGCUCGUCCGCCACCGUCGUCAACCUCAUCCUCAACGCGCACCCGGGCGCCACGUCCGAAGCCAUCGACUACCCGGCCGCUGGCGGUGACAGCUACGGGUCGUCGGUGCAGACGGGCACGGCGAACGUGGCGUCGCAGGUCGAGGCCUAUGUGAGCGCGUGUCCGGAUGCGAAGAUUGUGAUGGUUGGCUAUUCGCAGGGCUCGCAAAUCAUGCAGAACGCCUUCUGCGACGGUGGCGACACCAACCAGGGCAUCACCGACACCACUGCGCCCAUCUCCAGCGACGUUGGCUCCCACGUCGCCGCCAUGAUCUGGAUGGGCAACCCGCGCCACAAGCCCGGUGCGUCGUACAACGUCGGCACCUCGACCGCUUCGGGUUUCGACCCCGAGUCCCAGGAAUGCACGGCCUACGCCGACAUCAUCCAGUCCUACUGCGACGCGGCCGACCCCUACUGCUCCAACGGCAGCGACGCCUCGGUGCACCAGGGAUACGGCACCGAGUACGGCCAAGACGCCCUCACCUUCGUCAACAGCAAGCUCGGCUAA